UUUGCUCCUCGGUCCUCGGAAAGAUCACAGAACGGUUUUCAGUUGGACAACAGAGGGACAUGGUGGUCUUGGGUUCUUUACAUGGCAUUCCCUCUCCUCCGUUAGUUCAGGGAACCACCUCUUCUUCUUCUUCAAAUUCUCAAGAUUCUACAAACAGGAGUCUCAUUCUUGCAAGGAGAAGAGCAGUAGUCUUUGGUUCCACCAGUUUAGGGAUUGCAUCUCUGGUCAACUUGCACAAUUUCAAUUCAAAACCACCUUUAUUCCAUUCUGCUGCUGCUGAAGAAGAUGAAAUUGAGAAAGAAGAGGAUAGAAUUGUUCACGUCUUCCAGAUAACUUCACCAUCGGUUGUUUUCAUUCAAGACCUUGAAUUAGCUAAAAUCCCAAAGAGCUCUUCCAAUGAUGCUACCCUUAUUGAGGAUGAAAAUGCAAAAGUUGAAGGGACAGGUUCAGGCUUCAUCUGGGACAAGUUUGGUCACAUAGUCACAAACUACCAUGUUGUUGAUAAAUUGGCCACAGAUAGGAGCGGGUUACAGCGUUGUAAGGUGUUUCUAAUUGAUGCUGGAGGCAAUAGCUUGUACAGGGAAGGAAAGAUCAUUGGUUUUGAUGUAGCUUAUGAUCUGGCUGUCCUUAAGGUUGAUGUCGAGGGACAUGAACUGAAGCCUGCUGUUCUUGGUACUUCUAGAGAUUUACGUGUUGGUCAGAACUGCUUUGCCAUUGGGAAUCCUUAUGGAUAUGAGAACACACUUACAACAGGGGUGGUCAGCGGCUUAGGCAGGGAAAUACCUUCACCAAAUGGAAGAGCCAUUCGAGGAGCUAUUCAAACAGAUGCGGCUAUUAAUGCAGGGAAUUCAGGAGGGCCAUUGAUUAAUUCAUAUGGACAUGUUAUUGGCGUCAACACAGCAACUUUCACUCGAAAAGGGACAGGAGUAUCCUCUGGGGUGAAUUUUGCAAUACCGAUCGACACUGUUGUGCGGACUGUACCACACCUUAUUGUUUAUGGAACCGCUUACAGUGACAGGUUUUGAUCAUUUCAGACUCUCGCAUAAACAAGGUCUUUACUUAACAAUGUCAAGUGCAUGGAGAUCAACAUUUGUAUAUUCUGUGUGGAUUCAUAAUCUUAUGUGGUGAGGUAUUGUUUAAGGCUUUGACUUUUGCAGGUUUGAUGUGUACAAAAAUUUCAUUGCAAUGAUACGAGUGAAAGCCAGAUAUCCUCAUUUCUAACUGUUAUUUGACAACAGAUUGUUUUACCAAUUGUUAGUGAUCCAUAAGUAUGAAUAUUUUCUAUAUAUUAAUUAGGAAAGAAAUAUAAAGAUCUCUCAAAAGGAUUAAAAUUUU